GACAGUGCCAUUACCUUAGAAUUCCGAAUUUUCGAUUUUAAUCGCGAAAAAUUAAUGUCUGUGUUCUGCUCGACAUUAUCUAAAAAAUAAACAAUCAAUAGAAUUUGAUUCAAUAGUUUUGUGAUAUAAAAAUAAAAAAUGUCUUUAUUUGGUGAUUUACUUCCGAUAAACAAAAAUGAGGAGAAAAAGCAAAGCAGUGCUAACCUAUCACCAUAUCUGAACUUCGAUCCGAAUUAUAUACCUAGAAUGCAGCCAGAAUUUCUGUACCCUGAUGAAAGCCAUAUGGCCUCCACGGCUCGAAGAUCCAACGUAGCCUUACCCAUAGUAGGAAUGUCUUUUAUGACAGGAUCAGGACUUGGUGGCAUGGCUGGCUUGUACAAAGGAUUUAGGGCAACUACACUAGCAGGUCAGACAGGCAAAGUACGAAGAACACAGUUAAUAAACUAUGUUAUGAAACAAGGUACUACAACUGGAUGUACUCUUGGUAUACUGGCCUCAUUUUAUUCAACAAUAGCACUGGGUGUAACUUGGAUACGAGAUCAAGAAGAUACAUCAAACACAUUUAUUGCUGCAACUGCUACAGGAGUACUAUACAAAAGCACAUCUGGCCUCCGGUCAAUGGGUCUAGGGGCCGCAGCUGGUCUGACCCUAGCAGGACUCUACACAUUACUUACAGAUAACGAUAACAUAUGGAGCAAAGCAAGAUAUAUAAGAAUGUGAUUGCCAAACCCGCCUAUAUUGUAAAUAGACUGUUAUUUUAAUUUAUAUUCUUAUUCACUAGAGAGUAUAUUGUAAAAUGCAUUCAUGUUAAUUUUCCAUCAAGUUUCAGUUUUAUACUAUCAUUUUCAGAACAGAAAUGAAUAUAUAUAGAAAAAAUACAAUUUGAAAAAUUACUGCUAAUAAUGCCUGGGAGAGAUAAUAAGUUAAUUUAAAUUUGUAUGUAUAUAUAUGUACCAGUAAUGUAUGAAGGGAGGGGGUUAUACAAUAGUCUCUAGUGAAUAAGAGAAGCAUUGACACUAAAUGAUCUGUUGAGUGUUUUAAGACUUAUUUGUUCCAUGUCUCAAUGCUCAUAGAUUUAAGUGUGUUUUGUUAACCUGGCUGAGAUCAUAUGUUCCAUAUCGAAACAGGUAUAGCACAAUUUAGUUAAUAAAAUGUUACUUGAAA